AAAAACUGGAGGCGGAAGUGUGUUUUAUUGUUGCUGAUAUACAGUCUGUGGUGAUGGCGGAAUAGACUUGUCUUGACGCUAAUGAUUACAGGCUGAAAAUGAAUCCGGACUUUCCAGUAACAACGACUGGCAUUUACGUAUUUUGAAAGCCUUGCUGUGCACACAGACAGUAAUUUGCAUCUUGCUCCUACCCUUUGUUUGGAGCCCAGAGUGACAUUCUCCAUUGCCAACAGCACCAGAGGGACCCAUUUCAUAUUUGGACCUGUGGCUGGUGCUGGUGCACUGACAGCUCUUCGAUUGGCUCAGAUAGAGACUUGGGCACAGCUUGCUCUCCAGAAUCUUGCUACUCCAGCAACUUUAACUGUUGGUAACCGGUGUCACAACAACAGGUUUCCAGCAGCAUUACCUUCUCACCUGGCCCUCCUGAGUCUUCUCAAUAGACAGGAGGUGUCAACUUUUGGAUUUGACGUGGACACAAACAGCAAAAACAACAGAAUCACACAACUCUGUUUUCCUACUGCUAUGUACCACCACCAUUCUCAGCAGCAGGGGUCACAGCCCUUCUCUAAUGGGCCAAGGCCUCCUCAUCACCAGCCACCUCCUAAUCAACAUCAAAAUCGCACUCCAUCUGACAUGCUGUCGCAGGUAAUGGGUUUCCAGUUUCCUCGUCCCACUCAGCUCCCUGAUGAAAUAGAGUCCGCCUUAGCUAUUCGGGGCACCAGAGACAUUGACCACCGCCUCAUUGACCACAUGAACCAACCAAGCCAACACCAGAACCAAGGCUCAGGUUCUGGGGUCAGUCAACAUGGGAGCUAUGGUACCAACCCAGUAACACUGCCCUCUGAUAAUCAGCCUGUCCACCAGCAAGGAGUAGACUGGUCAGGCUACCAGCCUCCAACUAAACUGUUUGCCAGUCCUCCACCUACUGCUAGCUGCCAAUCACAAGAACACCAGGGACCUCAGCAGCAGCCCCAGAGCAGCCACACAGGACCAAGCAUCCCAGGAUGGACUGCCCCUGUAAGCGACUCUCCAUUGCCUCAAGCCCGGCACCCUCCUGGUAGUGGGAGUGGUGGAGGUGGGGAUGGUCAGAGUUUAUACACACCAGAGUGUGCAGGAAGUAUUUUGGCUAGUUUUGGGCUUUCAAAUGAGGACUUGGAAGUGCUGAGUCACUACCCUGAUGAUCAGCUAACCCCAGAUACUUUACCAUUCAUAUUGCGUGACAUUCAAAUCAACAAGUCGGGUAACCAGAAAGCUAUGGCUCCUACUUCCUCAUUCUCACACAACAUCCAUGAUUUGCCGCUGCCUCCUUCCCACUCAUUGGCACGUUCAGAGUCUCCGGAAGUGCCCAGCCUUCUUACUGUUACACAAACAGCAGGUAAAGUAAUUGACUAUGGUCAUGCCAGCAGGACAAAUGAAGAGAGCAGUACCAGAGAGACUUUCAAAAGAGGGCCACUUUCCAGUGAAAGGACAGUUAAAAUAUACCCAUCAUCAUCCUCCUCAUCAGCUACAAAAGCAGAAAAAGCUGAAAAGCGGCAGGUCAAUGUGGAGCAUAUUGAACCAAGCAAGCACGGAGACCGUGACUAUCGCAGGACAAGUCGUGACCAUCGCAAGAGCACCCGGUCACCCGGGAGAGAAUUUCCACCAUCAACCAAAUCUCGUAAUCUAGACCAAGACUACAGGCGUGAUGGGCCCAAACCAAGGCCCUUGUCAGAAACCCAGAAAGAGGAUUCCUCGAGGCGGUCUCUCUCCUCUUCAUCUGAAUCAAAGCCACCCAGCAGCAGCAAGAAGUUUCCUACCCCCACCAUGAUAAGUGAUUUCUCAGCUGUCUCUCCAAAGGCGUAUCCCCACACCUGCUCCCUGUGCCACAUAGAGUGUGAUCAGGAAAAGGACUGGGUUGACCAUAUUAACACCGUCAACCACACGGCAGCCUGCAGAGACCUACGCAACAAGUACCCAUACUGGAAACCAAUUCUCCCAAGUCGGAGCGGACGAUAUGGCAGCCGGGCUCUGUGGGAUCCCAAAGAUGGCUCUCCAUUCCGUCCCGGGUCUCGAUCCCUCUCUACUUCUCCUCCCCCAGGUCCUCCUCACAACACGCAAAGGGUGGCACCCCAUCCCCACAGGCCACGUGGGAAACCUUACUCUCCUCCCCAUCACCUUCGCCACCACCACUAUGCAGAACAUGGCCAUCAGUUGGAGCGCCACCACUCUGGCUCACACAGUCCCCCUCACUCACGUCGGACCUCCAGAGAGUAUCGACCUGACAAGAGAGACAGGGAAUCAUCAGGGGUUGCCUCUCGUAGUGGUGUGAAGCGUCCACAUGAUGAUUCAGUCAGGUGCUUCACUGAUGCCGAUCAGCAUCCCUUCUCUAACAAGGCGAGUCAAAGCUCCAAAUAUGGAUCAUCACAGUCCACCAAAACUAUCAAGAGUGGGGUGAAGCCUGGAACCAAGAUGACUAAGAGGGCAAGUGCCACGGCCCCUGACACAACUGCCAAGCCUCCACCAGCCAAGAAGAAAAAGAAGAAAGUGGUGACUCCAGCCUCCCAGCACUUGUCUGUUGCAGAUCGCCUGGUUUAUCUAACAGGCAUCCCAAAUGAUGCCUCAGAGCAGGAAGUUACCGAUUUGGUUGGGUCCUUUGGCAGGAUCAAUAACGUGAUCCUCAUGCCAUGCUCCGAGGAAGAGAAGGGCGAAAGACAAAAGGCAUCUGUAUGCAUGUUGAGGGCUGAAGAUGCUCAGGCUGUGGCUAACUCCAUAAAUCUUUCCAUCAGAGACCAGCAAAUCACUGCUUCACUAGCCAAGAAACCUGAAGGAGGGCAGUCUUCUGAUGCCAACAACAGCAAACCUUCUCUGGGUUGGGACAAGGGUGCUGCUGGGGAGGAUGCAGGAGGUGAGGCAGACCAGAAGGCUUCCGGUGAGAUGGGUGUGGUGUUGAUCACAGGACUUCCUGAGAGUGGCUGGUCAGAGAGUGACAUCAUCCAGCUGGUCCAGCCUUUUGGAACUCCCUCUGACAUCAUCCUGGCAACACAAGUUGGAAAGGUACUUGUAUCAAUGCCAGACACUGAGAUUGCUCAAGAGAUUGUGAAAGUCCACACCUUCAUCCCUGCGAAGAUUAACGACUCUGAGGUGAAGAUAAUCCAUCUCAAACAGCGUAUUGGCCUCAGCACUCCGGUGGCUCUCUACAAUCUGCUGAUGGGAUCAGUGGAUCCAUUGGAGAACACUGCCCCAGUAGGCUGGGGCCGCCUGCUGGUGAUCAGUAAUGUUCCUGACACGCCACCAGGGUCUGCCGAAGUCCAGAAACUGGUGCGGCGCUUUGGUACUGUCAUCAAGACCCUAGUGCUCAACAACAUGGUCAUUUGCGAGAUGGCGACUGUAGCCAUGGCCCUGUCUGUCUACAGACGUUUUCAGACGUUCCCUUGCAUCAUCCAGAACAACCCCCUGUUCUUCUCCCGCAAGCCUGACCCCAAGGCUAAUGCACAAACAAAAGUCAUUGCUGCGUAUAUUGAUUCAUCUGAGGGCACACCUGCAAAUGCCAAAGGCAGCCAAACAGUAGUGACUGUAGGUGAAGAGGAGAUGGUGCAUAAAGAGAAGUCUGAAUCUCCUAUGGAGGAAAUGGACAAAGACAUUGAUGGGAAGGAUGCGAAGAUUAAGAGCACAGAGGAGGUGGCUGAUAAAAACAAAGAUUUGGAAGAAAACAAGAGCAAAAAUGAUGAGAUCCAAAAAGAUGAGCUUACCAAUGCUGCAGUUGCCUUGGAUGCACCAGAAGCAGAUUUGGAUACAGACAUGAGGGAAAGGUCAGCUGUUCAAGCUGUCAUGGAGACAGCAGAAGGGAACGAAGAAGUCUGUGCAUCUGAAGUGGAAAAUGACAAGAUUCCAGCUGUUGAAGAGGCGACACUACCCAGCUCCAAUGACAAAGCAGCUUCCGAGGAGAAUCGAAUUCCAGAGCUCCCCAAGGUUACUCAAGAAAUGGUUAACGCACUACUCGAGGAGUGCCGAACAAAAACCACCAGCCAUCCCAGCAACACAACAGUUUCUCCCUGUGAAGUACAGGGGGAAACACAAAUGGAGACAGGGCAGGGUAAAAAAGCCAGAGAGGAGACAAAAGAGCCAGCCAAGAAUCACACCGAGGAGGAGGUGAAACAGGAGAGGGAGAGAAAAGACAGAGAAGCAAGAAAGGAGAGAGAAAGGAAGGAGAGGGAGCGAAGGCCCUGGGAGAAGGAGGAGAGGUACAGGAGGGAGAGGGAGCGUGAUGAAAGAGUCAGGAGGGAGAGGGAAAAGAGGGAGGAGGAAAGAAGGCAGUGGGAGAGAAGAGAAAGAGAAAGGAGGGAGCGGAAGAGAGCAUACGGUGGAUGUUUUACAGGAUCGAGGUCGUCUUGCAGGUUGGAGAGAUAUAAGCAGAGCUCCUGGAGGGAUGAAUACUAUGACACCUCAGAGGCUGAUGCCAAAAUGGAGGACAACGAGGAGGAAGAGUUCCCAUUCAACCUGAGUGACUUUGUGACAUUGGAUGAAGUAGGAGAUGUGACUGAUCUUCCUUGCUCUCCUUCUCCCACUGCCCUUGUGGAAACCACAGAGGGAGAGGAUGACACGCCCGCAUCUGUCCAACAGGACACUCCUGAGGAGACACCCAUGGAGGUUACCACAGGAGCCGUGUCAGAUAUCACAGUGGACCCGGUGAAAUCAGAUGAGCAAGAAUCUGAGUCCCAAGCUGUGAGCGUGCCAGCAGCUGAGAUUUCAGAUGAUUUGUCAUCAGAUUUAACAACCAAUCCGGUCCUCAUCACUGCGGCAUCCCCAAUACCAGCUUCACAACCUGACUCUUGUUCCAGUAUAACAGAUGUGCCCACACAUCAGUCAGAAGCAGCAGAGACUGAGAUCACACCCGAGACAGAAACCCAACUAAUAGCCACUGUGGACUCCAUCCCAGAGGUUGAACACCUUUCCACACCUGCCCCUGCAGCUUCAGGCAGCCCACAUGAAGAUGCCCCAGUUGACUCCUCACACAGCCCAACAACAGGGGUAGUGACUGCAGAGAGUAAGCAAGAGGAGAAGGAUGGCAGUGCUGUCAGUCAUAGCCAGGUUAAGGAGGAGAAGAUGGUGGUGGAAGAAGAACAGGAGAAGAUGCAGGAUGACAAGGACAAAGAGACGGGAGCUCCUGCUGCAGAGACAGGAAACCAUGAGACGUCUGAAGACCAAACAAGCACCAGAGUAGAGAGUGUGAAUAAGACAUUAAAGCUGGAAACUCCUGUGAGCACAGACUACUCCCUCCCUCCUUUUGACCCCAGCAACCCAGUUGGAAUGGAGUUUUUGGUCCCAAAGACAGGUUUCUUCUGUAAGGCGUGUAAUCGGUUCUACAGUGGAACUAACGAAGCAGAGAUCAACCACUGCAGAACUGAGAAACACUACAUGAACCUUCAGAAAUACUUGCAGACUUUGAAGAUGGCAGAAGUGACUGCCAAAACUGGCUCCAGCUGAAAGUGGCUGUGAAACUCUUGACUGAAUUAUGCCAUUCCCCUCAUUUUUAUAGUCACUUAAUUUCGCAGUAAAGGUCCAGAUUUGCAAGUUGAUGUAGAUCAGUCUCAUGUUUUGUGUUUGUUUUGCAGUAUUGAUUUUUUUCUUGUACAAUUAAGAGAAAAGAAUGCAAAAUGUACAGUGGAAGUAGAAACUGUGCACAUUCAAUAAAAUGUCUAAAUUGCCAUCCCUCA